AUGUCGAAACGAGAGGCUCCCUUGGAGCAUAGUCCUCCUAGGAAGAAGUCAAAAACAGGCCGAAAAUCCAAAAAACGAACCAAGGAAAAUUUAGAAGGUGCCGGAAAAAGCAAAAAGAACAAUAGCAUCGACUAUGUGCAGCCCCCUUCGCUUGCUGCUCUUCCUCAGGAAGAGAUAGAUCUAUUCUUAAAGUCCAAUUCUAUCGAGAUCUCUGAUCCGUCGUUGAAGAGCCCAAUAAUGCGCCCGCUCAUUUCCUUUGACUAUCUGCCAGCCUGCAGUGGAGAUCUGUAUCGACCGUUGAAAGAAUUCUCUGCACCCACACCCGUCCAAGCUGCAGCAUGGCCUCUGUUAUUUGCUGGUCGUGAUGUUAUCGGUAUUGCUGAAACUGGAAGUGGAAAGACUCUUGCUUUUGGGUUACCCUGUUUAAAAAAGAUGAUGGAUUCGAAGAGCAAUGGGAAACCUUCACCUCAUCCAAAGGCCGUCAUCCUUACCCCGACAAGAGAGCUAGCCAUGCAAAUACAUGACCAGCUGCAAAAAUUCGCGACUCUUGUUAAUAUUCAAGUCACAUGCAUUUUCGGGGGAGUGAAAAAGGACGAACAACGUGAAGCUUUGAAGACAACUACUAUAAUUGUCGCUACACCCGGUCGCUUGAAAGAUUUGCAAGGAGAGGGCUCGGUAAAUCUGGGAAAGAUAAGAUAUCUUGUUCUAGAUGAAGCAGAUCGGAUGUUGGACAGAGGGUUCGAGCAAGAUAUCAAGGACAUCAUUAGUCACAUGCCGGUUUCUAGACGUCAAACUGCGAUGUUCACUGCAACCUGGCCAGCUGCUGUUAGAAAUCUCGCCGAGAAAUUCACAAAUUCUCCAGCUACUAUUACCAUCGGCGGGGAGCCGUCCGCAGAUCCUCGCGCAAAUACCAGGAUAAGGCAGAUUGUCGAGGUGAUUAGCCCUCGAGACAAAGAGAAUAGGCUUCUCCAAGUGCUUGAACGCCUUCAGAGGAAUUCUGUUGGCCAGGAAAAAGUAUUGGUCUUCUGUCUGUACAAGAAAGAAGCCAUGCGAGUUGAGCGACUUAUUAAAUCUAGGGGCUACAAGGUUGCUGGUAUACAUGGUGAUCUGAAUCAAAAGGACAGAGUCAAAAGCUUAGAAGCUUUCAAGUCUGGUUCUGUUACCAUCCUAGUAGCUACAGAUGUUGCAGCCCGGGGCCUCGAUAUACCAGCAGUGAAAACAGUUGUCAAUGUGACUUUUCCCCUAACAAUCGAAGAUUAUGUCCAUCGUAUUGGGAGAACAGGUCGUGCUGGAGCCGAUGGCCACGCCAUUACCCUCUUCACUGAAAAUGAUAAAGCACAUUCUGGAGCUUUGAUUAAUGUCUUGAAGGCUGCUAACCAAGAUGUGCCAGAAACUCUCUUGAAGUUCGGAGCCACUGUCAAGAAAAAGCAACAUGAUGUGUAUGGUGCCUUUUAUAGAGAUGUCGAUACUACCAAAUCAGCGACAAAGAUCAAGUUUGAUGAUUGA